AUGCUUCCUCAUAAUACUUGCUCAAUAAUACAAAAUGCAUCACGUGCGGCAAUACCCAAGGUACCAUUACAGUACACGACGCAAAACUUCCACCUCUCCCGACUUCUAUUGGACCAAGGAAUGAUUACGAAUGUAACGCUUGGGAGCCCAGCGUCGAACAAUCCAAGUACUUUUUUAGGCACAGAUGAGCAGCAUAGACGUAUAUGGCUUGAACUCAAGUACAGAUCGAAUCGACCAGUUUUGCAUAGCAUGAGUGUUAUUUCAAAGCCAUCAAAGAGAGUGUGGAUGGAGAAGGCUGAGGUUAAAAGGUGGGUGAAUGGUGCAAGGAUCAAGGGCGUCAGUGGUCUAAAGCUGGGUGAAAUUGGUUAUCUCAAGACACACGGACACGGAUGGCUUGAGGCUAGGGAUGCAGCUAGAAGGAAUCUUAGUGGAGAAGCCAUGACGCGUGCAUUGACAUUUAGGUUUUUCAUCAACACCGCCAACUCAAAUAUGGUUAAAGUCGCUCAAGUAGAAUACUCAACAUAUGGACACAUUUACACCCUCGGUGACUCCAUCAACAAAGGUCUCAUCGAAUCUGGUGUCCAAGUUGAUCGCUUUAGAAUCCCUGAGACUCUUUCAAUCGACGCUCUCAACAAAAUGGGCGCUCCAAAGGACUUGCGUUCUGAUAUUCCCCUCUUAGAAGAUGUAAACAAGCUCGCUGAAUACGAUGGUCUCAUUUUUGGUUUCCCAACAAGAUACGGUGGUCGCCCUGCACAAGUCUCAACCCUUGUUGACAGAACUGGUGGUCUUUGGGCUAAAGGUGCUCUCUCUAAGAAGACUUGUUCUUUCUACAUUUCCACUGCUACCGUUCACGGUGGUCAAGAAAUCACCCACACCAACAACAUCAGCUUUGCUGCUCACCAUGGUAUGAUCUACGUUCCAACUGGUUACAUUGCUCCAAACCUCUUCCAACUCGACGUUAACGGUGGUUCUGCUUGGGGUGCUUCUACUAUCGCUGGUGGUGAUGGUUCUAGAUUACCUUCAGCAGAGGAACAUGAAGUUGCAAGAAUCCACGGUAAACACUUUGGAUCGGUCACCAACCAAUUCGGCAUCGGUGCUGAAAAGUUAGCCGCUAGAAAGGCAGGUGAUCCUGCCGCUGCAGCAGGUACUGAGGGUGCUGUCAAAUCUGCAGAAAAGAGAGAAGAAGGUGUUACAAAUGAGCAAAACAAGUCAGCCAACGAGGAACCAAAGCAGGAAGCUUCAAAAGAGAAGCAAGACAAAGCUGCUUCAGAUGAAAAGCAAGACAAACCAGUUGAAGAUAGCAAACAAGAAAAUCCUGCUCAAGACAACAAAGAAGCCCAAACCAAGGAGAAGACGGGUACAUUCAAGAAGCUGAAGAACCGUAUCUCAAAGAUACUCUAA